AUGCCAAAUCGGGGAGGCCAUCGGCUGGAAGCAGCCAUAGCGCGUACAUCUUCGGUUGCCACUCCCCCAGUGCUCUCAACGGACGCAUGGGGGGCCAGCAGAAAAGCCUCAGGUUUUCAGCGGACACUUAUGCAGGUGAUUAUUCCACAGAGGAUUCCAUUACAUGCCACUGGAAAUCAGGACAGGAUGACCUUUGUUAUCAAUAUAGAUGGGAAGUCGUACACGGUUCAUCUGAAGCAACAAUCACUAUUAACCAACAAUUUCAGAAUUUAUACCUAUGAUAGUAGAGGGAUUCUGCAGUCUGCUGUCCCGUCCAUCAAGCGGGAUUGCUACUACCAUGGAUAUGUUGCUGAUUACAUUGAUUCACUUGUGAUGCUCAGCACCUGCUCUGGGCUCAGAGGGCUGUUGCAGUUCCCAAACAUCACCUAUGGAAUUGAGCCCAUGAAGUCUGCGCACGGGUUUCAGCAUCUCGUUUAUCAAACACAUUACGGUAACGCGAGCCUUCCGAUUACUACAGAGAAUUAUCACAUUAAGUGGAGCACAGCACUGAUUCAAAAGAUCGACAUAAAAGUACCGGCUAACUUCAGUACCCAAAGAUACCUGGAAAUGCAUGUGAUUGUGGCCAAGGCGCUGUAUGAGUAUCUGGGUUCAAAAGAAGAAACUGUGACGGAGAAAAUCAUCCAGCUUGUCAACUUCCUCAAUGCUAUGUUUUUCAAACUCAACAUGAAAAUCAUACUGUCCUCUUUGGACUUCUGGAUAGAACAGGACAGAAUCCAUACAACCAGGAGCAUGAAUGAAUUGCUGCAAAGAUUUACAGAGUGGAAACAUUCCCGUCUCAACCUGCGACCCCAUGACAUAGCAUUCUUGUUUAUUAUAAAGAGGGAUACACACUGGAGAACUUCCGUGAUUGUCGCCCAGCUGCUGGGGAUCAGCCUAGGAAUGUUCUUUGACCAGUCAAAAAUCUGUCACUGUCCCGGAUCUGCUUGCUUAAUGACUACUACAGCCGUGCAGGCCAGUGGUGUGAAGGCCUUCAGCAGCUGCAGCGUAAAAGACUUCCAGAGUUUCCUGGCACAUGGACAGGGGCGGUGCCUCCUGAACAAACCUCGGCUGAAUCUCCAGUACAAAGCCCCUUCCUGUGGCAAUGGAAUCACUGAGGACGGUGAGCAGUGUGACUGCGGCACUGAUCAGAUGAAGGAAAAGGGCACCUUGUGCAGAGCUGCAGCUGAUGCUGACUGUGAUCUGAAAGAGUACUGCAACGGCACUUCUACAGAAUGCUCGGAGGAUUUUUAUGUCCAGAACGGGCAAAUGUGCGAGGACUCCACUGGGGUUUGCAUGACAGGAGUGUGCCAAAGUCCUGAUCGCUGGUGCCGAAAAGUGUUUGGCAAAGGUUCAAAAAGCGCCUCGUCACAGUGCUAUGAAGAAAUUAACAGCCAGACUGACCGGAUGGGACACUGCGGCUCCUCCGCGAAGGGAUAUCAGAACUGUCAGUGGCAGUAUGUUUUCGAUGCAAAUGAAAUAAUUUGA